GCACACCUCGAGAGGGGAAGGAGCUGGAGGGGAGGCCAGGCCACACCAAGUCACACCCAAAAACUCAGUUAACUCAAGACUUCGAGCAGAGCAAGGAUGUCGAAAGGACCAGCAGUCGGCAUUGAUCUGGGAACCACAUACUCCUGUGUGGGCAUCUUCCAGCAUGGAAAAGUGGAAAUCAUCGCCAAUGACCAAGGAAACAGGACCACGCCCAGCUACGUGGCAUUCACAGACACCGAGCGUCUGAUCGGAGACGCCGCCAAGAACCAAGUCGCCAUGAACCCCGCCAACACUGUAUUUGAUGCCAAGCGUCUGAUUGGCCGCAAGUUUGAUGACCCGGUGGUGCAGUCGGACAUGAAGCACUGGCCCUUCAAGGUUGUGAACGAAUCAACCAAGCCAAAGAUGGAGGUGGAAUACAAGGGCGAGAUCAAAACCUUCUUCCCGGAGGAGAUUUCCUCCAUGGUCCUCACUAAGAUGAAGGAGAUCUCCGAGGCCUACCUCGGCAAGCCAGUGAACAACGCAGUGAUUACAGUCCCCGCCUACUUCAACGAUUCUCAGCGUCAAGCCACCAAAGAUGCUGGAACCAUUUCUGGGCUCAAUGUUCUUCGGAUCAUAAAUGAGCCCACCGCUGCGGCCAUCGCUUAUGGCCUGGACAAGAAGGUCGGGGGAGAGCGUAACGUGCUGAUCUUUGACCUUGGAGGUGGUACUUUCGACGUUUCCAUUCUCACCAUUGAGGACGGCAUCUUUGAGGUCAAGUCCACGGCUGGUGACACGCACCUGGGGGGUGAAGACUUUGACAACAGAAUGGUGAACCACUUCAUCAAUGAGUUCAAGCGCAAAUUCAAGAAAGAGAUCAACAACAACAAGCGUGCGGUCCGUCGCCUGCGUACGGCCUGUGAGCGAGCCAAGCGUACCCUCUCCAGCAGCACCCAGGCCAGCAUUGAGAUCGACUCGCUCUUCGAAGGAAUCGACUUCUACACCUCCAUCACCAGGGCACGUUUUGAGGAGCUCAACGCCGACCUGUUCCGUGGAACUCUGGAGCCUGUAGAGAAGUCGCUGAGGGACGCCAAGAUGGACAAGGCCCAGAUCCACGACAUCGUCUUGGUGGGUGGCUCCACCCGUAUUCCCAAGAUUCAGAAGCUUCUGCAGGACUUCUUUAAUGGCCGUGACCUCAACAAGAGCAUCAACCCUGAUGAGGCUGUAGCCUACGGUGCAGCCGUGCAGGCGGCCAUCUUGGCUGGGGACAAGUCUGAGAACGUUCAGGACCUGCUCCUGCUGGAUGUCACUCCUCUGUCGCUGGGGAUCGAGACCGCCGGAGGGGUCAUGACUGUGCUUAUCAAAAGAAACACCACCAUUCCCACAAAGCAAACUCAAACUUUCACCACCUACUCCGACAACCAGCCUGGAGUCCUGAUUCAGGUUUAUGAAGGUGAAAGAGCUAUGACCAAGGACAACAAUAUCCUGGGCAAGUUUGAGCUGACGGGUAUUCCACCGGCCCCAAGAGGCGUCCCUCAGAUUGAGGUGACAUUUGACAUUGACGCCAAUGGAAUUCUCAACGUGUCCGCUGUGGACAAAAGCACUGGAAAGGAGAACAAGAUCACCAUUACCAAUGACAAAGGGCGACUGAGCAAGGAGGACAUCGAGCGGAUGGUGCAGGAGGCUGAGCAGUUCAGAGCAGAAGAUGAAGUCCAGAGAGACAAAGUCACUGCCAAGAAUUCCCUCGAGUCCCUGGCGUUCAACAUGAAGAGCACCGUGGAAGAUGAGAAGCUCCAAGAUAAGAUCAGCCCCGAGGACAAGAAGACCAUCGUGGACAAGUGCAAUGAUGUCAUUGCCUGGCUGGACAAGAACCAGACGGCGGAGAAAGACGAGUACGAUCACCAGCAGAAGGAACUUGAGAAGGUGUGCAACCCAAUUAUCUCCAAACUCUACCAAGGGGGAAUGCCAGGGGGGAUGCCUGGAGGCAUGCCAGGAGGAAUGCCCGGUGGAUUCCCUGGGGGUGCAGGGGGCGGCUCCUCAUCCGGCCCAACCAUCGAGGAGGUUGACUAAGCUUCAGACAACUCCCUCUUAAUGUCUUCUCUUCCUUUAAAAUCUGAUGGUUCUCAGUUAAA